CAGGUCCCGCAGCCUCAGCCCGCCGCGUCCGCCCAGCGCCCGCUCCGCGUCCCGACCGGCCCGCGGCUGCCUUAGCCGCGCCAUGGCCACCUCCCCGCAGAAGUCGCCUUCUGUCCCCAAGUCCCCCACUCCUAAGUCGCCCCCGUCCCGCAAGAAAGAUGAUUCCUUCUUGGGGAAACUCGGAGGGACCCUGGCCCGGAGGAAGAAAGCCAAGGAGGUGUCCGAGCUGCAGGAGGAGGGAAUGAACGCCAUUAACCUGCCCCUCAGCCCAAUUCCCUUCGAGCUGGACCCCGAGGACACAAUGCUGGAGGAGAAUGAGGUGCGAACAAUGGUGGAUCCAAACUCACGCAGUGACCCCAAGCUUCAAGAACUGAUGAAGGUAUUAAUUGACUGGAUUAAUGAUGUGUUGGUUGGAGAAAGAAUCAUUGUGAAAGACCUGGCUGAAGAUUUAUAUGAUGGACAAGUCCUGCAGAAGCUUUUCGAGAAACUGGAGAGCGAGAAGCUAAAUGUGGCUGAGGUCACCCAGUCAGAGAUUGCUCAGAAGCAAAAACUGCAGACUGUCCUGGAGAAGAUCAAUGAAACCCUGAAACUUCCUCCCAGAAGCAUCAAGUGGAAUGUGGAUUCUGUUCAUGCCAAGAGCCUGGUGGCCAUCUUACACCUGCUCGUUGCCCUGUCUCAGUAUUUCCGGGCACCAAUUCGACUCCCAGACCAUGUUUCCAUCCAAGUGGUUGUGGUCCAGAAACGAGAAGGAAUCCUCCAGUCUCGGCAAAUCCAAGAGGAAAUAACUGGUAACACAGAGGCUCUUUCCGGGAGGCAUGAACGUGAUGCCUUUGACACCUUGUUCGACCACGCCCCAGACAAGCUGAAUGUGGUGAAAAAGACACUCAUCACUUUCGUGAACAAGCACCUGAAUAAACUGAACCUGGAGGUCACAGAACUGGAAACCCAGUUUGCAGAUGGGGUGUACCUGGUGCUGCUCAUGGGGCUCCUGGAGGGCUACUUUGUGCCCCUGCACAGCUUCUUCCUGACCCCAGACAGCUUUGAACAGAAGGUCUUGAAUGUCUCCUUUGCCUUUGAGCUCAUGCAAGACGGAGGGUUGGAAAAGCCAAAACCGCGACCAGAAGACAUAGUCAACUGUGACCUGAAAUCUACACUACGAGUGUUGUACAACCUCUUCACCAAGUACCGCAACGUGGAGUGAGGGGCUGCCCUGGGCCGCCCACUGCCCAGGAGCUCUUGCUGUUGGCGUACUGGAGCCUCCUCCGAACUGCCUUACCCUGCUUAUUCCUGUCUCUUGCACUGUGCUCUCCCACAAGUCCAGCUGCAACCCAGAGAUAGUAGAAAUUGAAAUUAGGAAGGAAAUGAUCAAUAACUCAGUGGGCUGACCCGUCCCUCCCAGGCCCUGGGGACAACCUAGCAAUGAAGGUUGGGAAGGUUGUUCCCAUCCCGGUGCCAGGUCCACAUUUCCCUCUAUGAUUUGGGAACCAGCUUAGGCAAAAAGAGUCCCUAGAAAUGAAAAUAAAGAUCCUAGUUACCUUUCAAAGGGUGCUAACUAUGUGUCAGGCACCACACUCAGUGCUCUGCUCUGAUAUACUCAAGGCCAUUAAUCUUCAGGACUCCCAUGGAAGUAGGUGUUAUAACCCCCUUUUACAGAUGAGGAAACUAAGGCUCGGAGGUUAAAUGACUUGCCAGAAGUUGGCAUUUUUUUCCUCUUUGAAUAUCACCUCUCCCUUCUCCCUAAAGGUAACCACUAUUCUGAGCCCAGACAUCAAGGUUUUGCUUUUUUUGUUUUUGCUUUUCUUUAUAACUUUAUUACCUAAGUAUUCAUUCCUCAAUAGUAGACAGUACAUGUUUAUAACAAGCCAAUUGCAUAUGUUCUUUGCAUGUUCUAAAGUUGUGUAUAUGUGGGCACAUACGAGCACGUGCACAUGUACACCUGAGCCAAAAAGACGAGAACCCACCAAUCUCACCACUGGGGCAAGCUAGGUCAGAGCUUAGUGAUUCACACUGAAAUUGGCAAAUUGGAUUUAACCCAAUUAAUAGUGUGUGUGUGGCAGGAGUCAUGUCCCUCAAAUCCUUUGUACAAAUGAAAAUUACUCUUAAUUCCGUCAGAUUUAUAAUAACUCUGUACUUUGGUUUCAGGGUGACAUUUGGGAAGGAUUCUGUUUAGAAUUAAUGGAGUGGCACAUUUUGCAGCCUUUUUGCUUGAUUGCAUGUAAUGGAAAUGCCCUAUAUUUUCCUGCAAAAUAAGUACUAAAUUCAUUAUCGUUAAGCAAAUGUACAAUAUGCUCAGGCACCGCAGAGAGCUGGGCAUGGGCCCAUGUGAGCAUCGCUUUGGAAGUAGGGCUCUUCAACAGGGACCCUUGAACUUUAAAGAAAGGAACUUCUUUUUGCCUUCUAAUUGAUCAUUUGGACUGUUCUGGCUAAGUCUGCCCACAUGUAAUUACUGGCUAAUUUAGGCGAGGAAAAAUGUAAGUCAUUUAGACCAAA